UCUUUUACUUUCCAUCUUUGUAUCAGUGUCCUCUGGUGAACUUUGACUCGUUGCUCAUUGGUGGUUCCGGCCUCUCGUCUUUUCAGAACCACACACAUCGUCACAGGUCUCUGUUUGCUGCGGUUGAACUUUGAAGCGGUCUCUGACCAUCUCAGAUCUACGCCCUCACCAUCUGAGAUUUGCACCCACACACCGUCGUGACGCCGUUGCUCUCAGUUUCUCCAUCUUCUCAGACCAUUAUAUAGUUGGGAACCGUGAAACGGGCUCGGUCACGGUUAAACCCAACGGUUCGGUUCCCGUUCUAUUUUUAAGGGAAUUGUUGAGAACGAUUCUAGUUCUGAUUCCGAUUUCCGACAGAACUCGCACCAAAUCGAACCGAACCGUGUGCACCCCGAAAGACUACCGGUGUGUCGAAGCCCACCCAAAGAAAAAAAUGGUCCUGUCUCUGUUGAGUCGUUGACUUGACUUGAAAAGUUAACUUGGCUGUUGGGAUUUCUGGACCUUGUCAAUUUCCAAUUCCAGAAAGAGAAAAUCUGCAGAUCCGUUGCCCACACUAGAGAGAGAAAGAGACAUCUGAGCUUUAUAAUUUGUAGAAUGGUAAUGGAAUCGGAGGUUGGUGAAAGAUUAUCAUAAAUUGUUUGUGUUCGAGCAGAGAGAGAAAGGAGGGGAACCUGAGCUUCUUGUAUUUGAUAGGGUUUGUGUUACCCCAUACACACCUAUAUACUAGGUUGGUUUAUCAAAGCUUAAUUGAUAUUCGAUCAAUGGAGCGGAAAAGAAAGGGAAAAGAGGUAAGCAUGCCAAGCCCUCCCCAAUCUGCAGAACUCUUGGGUGAUGAAAUUGUAAGACUCGAAUGUGAAGUGUUCUUGAAUUCCAGAAGCUCAGACACUAGUUGCCACACUUUCUCAGAUGACCUGUACAAUCAUCUCAUAGGCGUACGAAUUGACACAAUUUGGGACGAUAAUAAGGAUGAUGGGGAAAGAGAAGAGAUUGGAGAUGUAGCCCUAACAGCAAUCUGGAAGUCGAAGGUGUCAAUUCCUAUAUUCUCCAAAAACUAUGCUUCCAGUAGUAGGUGCCUUCAAGAGCUCACCCAGAUGGUGAAGUGCAAGGGAAGUACGGGACAAUUGAUUCUGCCCAUCUUCUACGACGUCCAACACUCUGAUGUGAAGCAUCAAUCUGGAUGUUACGAGGAAGCCUUUCACGAGCACGCCAAAUGUUUCGACGACAUAACUGUUGAGGCAUGGAAGGCGGCACUGAGAGAGGUUGGACAACUCAAGGGUUGGGACUUGACCAGAGAACCUCACUCUCAUGGGUCUGAAGGAGUCAAAUUCAUAAAAGAGAAUAUUCUUCCAACAGUAUUGUUGGCGCUAAAGAAGAAUUGCAUGCCUGUACCUGACAACUUGAUUGGAAUGGAUCACCACUUGAAUGAAAUGAUGCGACUGUUAGACAAUGUCUCCAAUGAAGUACGAAUAGUUGGUAUCCAUGGCAUGAGUGGUAUUGGCAAGACAACUGUUGCCAAAUUCAUCUACAAUAAGCUUCUCGAGUGCUUUGAAUGCUGUAGUUUUCUGGCAGAUAUUCGAGAAACAAUGCAACAACCCAAGGGUGUUAGUUGUUUACAGAAACAAAUUCUUGCUGACACCCUAAAAAGGUGUCCUGAAAUUGUUGGUGUUGAUAGUGGAAUCGACUCGAUUAAAAACGUGGUUGUCAAAAAGAAAGUGUUCAUUGUUCUGGAUGACAUGGAUGAAAGCUCGCAUUUUACUAGGCUUGUGGGAAAGCGUGAUUGGUUUCAUACAGGGAGUAGGAUCAUAAUUACAACUAAAGACAGACAUGUUUUAGAUAAUCUUAAAGUGGAUGCGACUUAUGAACUUCCAGUAAUGGAUCAUGUGCAAUCUCUCCAACUUUUUAGCAUGCAUGCAUUUAGAAAGAAGUGGCCCCCAAAUGAUUAUGUUAAUAUCUCUACAGAUGUUGCGUUAACUGCUGCUGGGCUUCCUCUAGCUCUUGAGGUUAUAGGUUCAUUUCUAUCUGGCAUGGAGAAAGCGGUAUGGGAGGAUACAUUGAAGAAAUUGGAAAAAUUGUCGCGCGAUGAAGUCGAUAAAAAGUUGAGAGUAAUUUAUGACGCAUUAGAUUUUGCGCAACAACAGAUCUUUCUCGAUAUUGCAUGCCUUUUUGCUGGGAUGGAUAAAGCAGCUGGAUUUUACAUGUGGGAUGACUGUGGCUAUCAUCCAGAAAGGGAAUUGAAUGUCCUUUGUCUUAUGUCUCUAAUGAAUGUGGGAGAUGCUAAUGAGCUGAAGAUGCAUGAUCAGUUUAUUUCUCUUGGUCGGAAAAUCGUCUAUGAAGAAAAGAUUCGGGGAAAUCGUAGUAGGUUGUGGAAUCACGAGGAAGCCUUGAACAUAUUGGAGGGACGAAGGGGAACAGAAAAGGUGGAAGCCCUGAGUCUUCAUUUUGAAUUAGGGCCUGAAAAGAAGCCUCGCUUUACAAGUAAGGAAUUUGCAAAACUAGUGAAUCUAAGGUAUCUCCGAGUGGAUGGCAUGGACCUUGUUGGGGAUUUUGAGCAUUGUUUGGCCAGGUUAAGAUGGCUUAAUUGGCGCAGUUGCCCUUCGCAUUUUAAACCAACCAAUUUUUAUCUAGAGAAUCUAGUCAUUCUUGAUCUGUCAGAUAGUGGCAUCACAGAAGACUGGGGGGGUUGGAAUCAAAUCAAGAUGGCAAAGAAGUUGAAAGUUCUACAACUGGUUAAUUGUGCUUUAAGGAGAACGCCAGACUUUACAUCAAAUGCAGCUUUAGAGAUAUUGAUUCUUCAACAGUGUAAAAGUUUAGUUGAAGUCGACAGAUCCAUUGGUAAUCUGAAGAAUUUAAAAGUGUUCGACAUUUCAUAUACUGAUAUAAGGAAUAUACCUGAUGAAAUUUGGAUGUUGGAGAAGCUGGAAGUGAUAGAUUUCACACAUUGUAGUUAUUUGAAGGGGCACAUUCCUAGUAAUUUGGGGAGUCUAAAAUCUUUAAGAUUCUUGAGCUUUUAUGAUACCAAAAUUCAAAGUCUACCAACGGGCAUUUCGGAGCUCUCUGGCCUCCAAACCCUUAAAUUAGGAGGCUGCACAGAGCUUCAAUCACUACCAGAGCUUCCCUCAAGUUUAAGGGUUCUUUAUGUUGCUUCCCUCCAUAAUCUAAAAAAAUUGGUCAAUUUACAGGAAUUGCACUUCGUUGGGUACUGUGUGUAUGUGGAGAUUCCUAGAGAUAUUUCUUUAAUAUCCAAACUGGAGAAAUUGACCUUGGAUUAUACCAACAUUAGGACCCUACCAAAAGAGAUUGAUGCCCUUUCUCAGCUUAAGGUGCUCGAUGUACAGUUUUGUCACAAUCUGCAAUGUAUACUGGGGUUACCUUCAAGUCUAGUUGAUUUAUCUCUUGCAUUCUGUGCUUCACUGGAAAGAUUGCCCAAUCUAUCAAAUUUGAAAAAUUUGUCGAGAUUAUCAGUUAGAAAUUGCAUUAAGCUGACAGAGAUUCAAGGGCUUGGAAAUUUGGAAUCGUUGACAAGGUUGGACAUAUAUGCAUGUGAUUUGCUAGCUAACCUUGUUCUGUAUGAACAAACACCAUGCUUAUUGUCCUUGGAAUCAAUGAAAUAUAUGGAUUUGAGCAGUUGCAAUAAUGUAAGUGAGAUUGACGGCGGUGAGGCUUUGAAAUCUUCCAAGGUAAUGAAGCCGUCAGCGCACGAAUCCGCAUUACUCAGGAGGGACAUUUAG